CGAGAGGGGAGCCGGACUCCCAGGCCAGACCUUCGCCGGGGCUUCCAGCACUGACGACGCGCCUCCUCCACCCCCAAAUCCUUUCCAGAUGUGACGGUUUGACCGCUGGGGGGGAGGAGGCGGGCCUGCUUGCGGUCUCUCGGGUGGUGGGACAGGACGCAAGGCCCGCCGCUGCCGCCGCCUGGCCCGAGGGAGCCGCUCGCCGGGAGGCCGGGGCAGCCCCAGGAGCGGGCGCUUCUCCGCUGGCAUCGCCGCCGCACCACUCUCCGAGCCCGGCGCCUGCCUGCCUGUCGCAGGCCCGGCGGCCCGGGGAAGGCACAGCGCAGGGCCCGUGACUUCCUUUUGGGUUUUGCAAAGGACCCCCGCCGCCGCCGCCUGCUCCUGUGCCUGCCUGGGAGAAGAGGGCCGAGGGAGGCCGAGCGGGCUGGGUCAGGGGGAAGCCGCGCUCGGCGGCACGCCUGCGGAUGGGCGCAGCUAGAUGGCAGCUUCAAGGCCAGUGAUGGACUGUCCUGGAAGGAUGAAAUGUCCCCCCCCCAAGUGCCCUGCUUUUGGACAGUGCCAUUUCUGAUGCCGGAUGUGUGCCCAUUUAUCCUUUGGAGUAGAGACUGGCCUCUUUGUCCCACAGAGAAUGCAGAAGGGCAUUGUUGGCAGAUGACGGCAUAUAAAUCUCCAUGGGCAGGUCUGACUUGUAGUCGAUUGUUCCUGGGCGCCAGUCUGGUCUCCUUAAUGUGCUUCUUCACUGCAUUGGAUGGGUCUUGUAGCCUGAGGAAUGCCUGAUGUCAAUUCUUACAUUGUGAGUUCCUGUCCAAUGAGUCUGAACAGAUGCGGUUGUAUCAUAGGACUACGUUGAGCAGGCAGUGGAUGUUGAAGUGUAUCCUGGGCAGAAAUGGAGUCCUGUAAAUACUACGUGCAUAGCGGGACCAGGGAAGACAUUUUCUCCCCGGUUGGGAAGCAUCAGUGACCUUCGCCCACUUCUGGGCUGUUUAAUAAUUGACUUCUGAACCCAGAUCAGCCCGCGUAUAAAAGGUCUGCGGGCCCUGGGCUGAGCUCUAUCCCUCGGCAUCCUCAGCCAUGGCCAAAGGCUUCUUCAUCAGCAAAGCGCUGGGCAUCGUCGGCAUCGUCCUUGGGGUAGCCGCUCUGGCCACCAUCAUCGCCCUUGCGGUUGCCUACGCAGAGGAGAAGCAGAAGGGCAACAGCAACGUGCCCAGCUCUGCGCCCAGCUCUGCGUCCAGCUCUGCACCCAGCUCUGCGCCCAGCUCUGCAGCGGCCUUCACCACGGUCAAGCCAAACAACCCUUGGAACCAGCUGCGGUUGCCCAAGACCCUGAAGCCCGAGCACUACACCGUCACCCUCCAGCCUUUCCUGACCCCCCAAGAGGGCAGCUACGUCUUCGAGGGCAACAGCACCGUCCAGUUUGUGUGCCUGGAGCCCACGGACCUCAUCCUCAUCCACAGCAAAAAGCUCAACUACACGGAGCAAGGGGGCUUCCUCGUCGCCCUGCGAGCCGUGAAUGCCUCCGCAGCACCUGCCAUCUUGCGCACCUGGACGCAGGAGGACACCGAGUACCUGGUGGUGCAGCUCCGCGAAAGCCUCCAGCAGAAUGCGACCUAUGUGCUGGAAAGCACCUUCCGCGGGGAGCUGGCGGGCGAUCUGGCUGGCUUCUACCGCAGCGAAUAUGUGGAGGACGGACAGACCAAGGUGGUGGCCACCACGCAGAUGCAGGCAGCCGACGCCCGGAAGGCUUUCCCCUGCUUUGAUGAGCCAGCCAUGAAGGCCACUUUCUCCGUUGUGUUGAUCCACCCGUCUGACCACGUGGCUCUCUCCAACAUGCCCGUGAAGAGCACCACACAGCUGGACGGGCAGGCCUGGAACCGGACCGAGUUUGAGCCAACCGUCAGGAUGUCCACCUACUUGCUCGCCUUCAUUGUCAGCCAGUUCGACUUCGUGGAGGACCACCAGGGAGACACCUUGAUCCGGAUCUGGGGCCGCCCCAAUGCCAUUGCCGAGGGCCAGGGGGACUAUGCCCUCAACGUCACUGGGCCCAUCCUCCGUUUCUUUGAGAAGCACUACAACACGUCAUACCCGCUGAGCAAGUCAGACCAGGUUGCCCUCCCAGACUUCAAUGCCGGCGCCAUGGAGAACUGGGGGCUGGUGACGUAUCGCGAGAACUCGCUGCUCUUCGACUCGCAGUUCUCCUCCAUUGGGAACAAAGAGCGGGUGGUAACGGUCAUCGCUCAUGAACUUGCCCACCAGUGGUUUGGGAACCUCGUGACCCUCCGUUGGUGGAAUGACCUGUGGCUGAACGAGGGCUUUGCCUCGUAUGUGGAAUAUCUUGGGGCAGACGCAGCUGAGCCCACAUGGAAUAUAAAAGACCUGAUGGUGACAAACGACAUGUACCGUGUGAUGGCCAUUGACGCACUGGCUUCCUCUCACCCGCUGUCCUUCCGCGAAGACGAGAUCAACACCCCAGCUCAGAUCAGCGAAGUCUUUGAUGCCAUUGCCUACAGCAAGGGGGCAUCUGUGCUGCGGAUGCUGUCGGAGUUCCUCACUGAGGACCGGUUUAAAAGAGGCCUGCAGUCAUACCUUCACACCUUCGCUUAUGGAAACACUGUCUACGAUGACCUCUGGAAUCACCUGCAAAUGGCAGUAGACAAGGACAGCUUCCAACUCCCAAGCACUAUCAAGGACAUCAUGGACCGCUGGACCUUGCAGAUGGGCUUCCCGGUGCUGAGUGUGGACACCGUUACUGGGCGCGUCACUCAGAAGCAUUUCCUGCUGGACCCUGGGACUCCUGUUGAGCGACCCUCAGAAUUCAACUACACCUGGAUCGUCCCUGUCUCCUGGCUGAAAUCGGAUAACACAGCAGGCUCCUAUUGGCUCACAGACACAACAGCUGUGAACCAUAACUUCUCUACUACUUCUGCUGCUCCUCCCCUGUGGCUGCUCCUCAACAUUAACGUCACAGGCUAUUUCCGGGUGAACUACGACCCGGGAAAUUGGAAUCGGCUCUUGGGGCAGCUGCAGAGCAACCAUGAGAGCAUCCCAAUUCUCAACCGCGCUCAACUGAUCGAGGACGCCUUCAACCUGGCCAGGGCGAAGGAGAUCAGCACAGACCUGGCCCUGAACACCACGCUCUACCUGGCCAACGAGACAGACUACCUGCCCUGGGACACGGCUCUCAGCAACUUGGGCUACUUCAGGCUCAUGUUUGACCGCAGUGAAGUCUUUGGGCCCAUGAAGAAAUACAUCCAGAAGCAGGUCACUCCCCUCUUCAAUCAUCUUAAGAGCACCACGGCUAACUGGACUAAAACCCCGGACGGCCUGAUGAACCAGUACGCUGAGAUUUUUGUCAUCAGCACGGCCUGCACUAAUGGCAUGUCGGAGUGUGAGGCUCUCGCCACAAGAUUUUUCAAUGCCUGGAAGGCGAACCCCAGCAAGAACAUCAUCCCGCCCAACUUGCGCUCUUCCAUCUACUGCACUGCCAUUGCCACCGGUGGUGAGGAGGCCUGGGACUUUGGCUGGCAGAUGUUCCAGAACGCCACUGUGGUCUCUGAGGCUGACAAGCUCCGGGCAGCUCUGGCCUGCAGCCGGGAGCCCUGGAUCCUCCAGAGAUACCUUAUGUAUUCACUGGACUCCAGCAAGAUCCGCCCGCAGGACGCCACCUCCACCAUCAAUAGCAUUGCCCGCAACGUGGUUGGCCAGAGCUUCGUGUGGGAGUUUGUCCGGGCCAACUGGAAGAAGCUCUUUGAACAGUUUGGUGGAGGCUCUUUCUCCUUCUCUAGCCUGAUCCAGACAGUGACGCAGAGAUUCUCUUCAGAAUAUGAACUCAAACAGCUGGAACAGUUCAAAGUGGACAAUGCCAACGUGGGCUUUGGCUCCGGCACGCGGGCACUGGAGCAGGCGCUGGAGAAGACCAAGGCGAACAUCAAAUGGGUGUCUGAGAACAAGGAGCCCGUCUUGCAGUGGUUUCAGAGAGAGAGUCAGUAGGGAGGUUCAUCGCUGGGCCUGUGAGGGUUUGGGGGCUCACACUGGUGCCUCCUGCAGGGGUGUGUGUGUGUGGUCUUGAUGCCUUUCCGGGGGCUCUUGGGGCACCCCCUUGCUGCCAAAGCCAUCUCCUCAUUAACAUCUCCUCCUCUCCCCCCCCCGGUGGCCCCUGAGUGCUACAAGACUUAACAGGGGCCACCUCCUGCCCUUCCUCGUUGCCCUUUGCCAGCCACCCAAGACUAGGCCUUGCUGUGUCUCUCCAGGCCUCCUCCUCAGCCUAGGGCACCUUGGGGGGCACAGCUGCUUCCUGCCUGGGGCUCCAUGUCCACCCCUCCCCUCUGCUUUGCACUGCCAAAGGGCUUUUCUCUUGCACUGCCUGUUUCAGCGCCUUCUCAGGGGUCCUGGGAGGGGGGAGGGAGGCAAAAGGGGGAGGAGACGUACUCUCCCCCUGCCAUGGUGACAGCCCCCCCAACCAGAAAGCUCUGAAUAGUUUUGUAACCCUAACUUUGUAAAUUAAAGAGUCUGAAGCUGGUCUUUAA